AAUUUGUUUGAGUGAGCAGUCCUUUGAGGCACGAUUUAAUAUCUAGGUAGAUUAGUAGAGUGAAUAUUCAUGAGUUUAAAAGCAGUACUCCCUCUAGUGAAUUGUUUGACAAGUGUUCCAUGCUUUUACAGCCAACAUCACACUAAUAAACAUAACUCGCUCCUAAUAAACAUAAAUGCAGAAAACAUCAACAAAGAGAAAAUGUCAACACAUCCAACCCUUAUAGGAUCUGUAAACUAUGAUUUGAGAACAUUGGCAAUCAAACCACACUAACUGGACCCCAAUGACUUCCAAUGUAUAUGGACGCAAAACCAUUGAGACAUUAAUGCUGGAAAACUUCAGUACAGCCUAUUGCUCAUUGUUAGUUAAUGCAUCAUUAACUAAUGUUAACAAACACAAUCUUAUUGUAAAGUGCAUGUUGCCAAAGAAAGAAAUAGCACAAUUUUGACUGUUCAAUAAUGUUCAAUAAAAAUGUUCAAUAAUGGGUUACUGAGAUUACUAAACAGCUAUGACAUACAAAAACAUCUGAACUAUUACUUCCAAAAGAAAUCUAGUGUUUCUAUCAAAGUUUGCUCAAGACUGCCGUGUUGCAAUUUGGUCAACACACUGAAAGUACAUUAACCUCUGACGCAACAAAAAUAUUUCCCAUAAAAGAAAGAGUUAAGUAUCACAUAGAUCAUCAUCAUGAAAGCUACAACAAUGAGCAAAACAUGGAAGCAGCUUUUCUUGGUCUUUGCAUUUCUCUUUUCUGAGUCUCAAGGGCAGAACAAAUCUUCUUGCUCCUCCCCUGACUUCUUUUUUGACAAGGUUCAUAAACAACUACAGAACAUUGAAGACUGCUUGGAAGCUAAAUCUAAGAAUUGGACAACAUACCAAAAUGCAGAUCUUUUUAACCAGCUACUCUUGUUGACAAAAAUCAUCCAGAAACAACAAAACAGUGAGUUACUGGGGUUACUGCCACCAUACUGUUCUGUUCCAGCAGUGCCCAGGGAUGGAGGCCUGCUGUGUGUGUCUGCUGAGAAUAACAUCUACUGUAAACCAAUGUGCAAUGCGGGUUAUGACUUCAACUUCCUAAGAAGAUCAAGACUGUACGAGAAAUGCGACGCUGCUUCCAAAUACAAAUGGACAACACAGUACAUAGGUGGCAACACCCUGGCUGACUGCACUAAGUCUGAGGUAACGGUGGCUGGCGCCCCGUCUGCCUUCUUUCCUGAGGACAAGGACUGUCACAAGACAAAGAGCGAUGAACAACUGAUAAAGAAUAUCACAAAUAUCUUUCAUUCAGAGCUUAUUAAGGAAGGCAUUACAUCCUUUAAAUCCACCAGCCUUAUCUGUGGCCAGAACCAGAAAUAGAGGAAAUGAAGAUAUCCCAAAAGUGUUCCACAUUAAAAAUAAUUAAUGAUUAAAAACAUCUGGUUUUAUGAAGCUA